AUGGCGAGCGGAUAUGCUCCGCAGAUGGAGAAGCUUGCUGGUAUGGGUAUUGGUGAGCAGCGCGAGUUCGCCCAUGGUGAUGAUACCAUUGGCGGCAGCGCAAAACAUCCCACCGCGGAUAGAUAUGGCAGCGAAGCUUCGAUGGUGACCACCCCCACCGCUAGCAGGAUCGAUGUAGAGCAGCCCAAGGGCCCCGCUGAGAUGGAGGCUGUCACUGUCGUCUGGACCAAGAAUUGGUUGAUUACUGCAUACGCCGCUAUCAUGCUCAUCUCGUUCAUCAACUCCCUCCAGCAGCAGGCCAACUUCACGUGGAAGCCCUACGUUACUUCGACCUUCGCAAAGCAUGGCUUGACUGCCAUGACUGACAUCGUAGCCAACAUUGUCGGAGGUGUCUCGAAGCUGCCAUUGGCCAAGUUCAUUGAUCUCGUCGGUCGCCCUCAGGGAUUUCUCAUCUGCUUGGUCUGUAUCGUUCUUUCGUUGAUGCUCAUGGCCCAGUGCCAGGACGUUGAGACGUUUUGUGCAGCCCAAGUCAUCUACUGGACUGGUAUGAACGGUGUUGACUACGUCUUCAACAUCUUCAUCGCCGAUACCUCGCUCAUGAAGAACCGCCUCAUCUGGAUGGCUUUCACAGGGUUUCCUUAUGUCGUUAACACAUUUACCGGUCCCAAGCUGGGUGAAGUCUUUCUCAAGCACGGCGGCUGGCGCUGGGGUUAUGGAACCUUCACCAUCUUGACACCAGUCUUCUCGCUAACUUUCUGGGCUGUUUUCUGGUUCAUGGGUAGACGGGCGAAGAAGCUGGGCAUCCUCAAGCGCGAGAGCACCAACAGGCUUCUGGUGGAGAGCAUCAAGUACUGGUGCAUCGAGUUUGAUGUCGCCGGACUCAUCCUUGUAUGCGGUGGCUUCUCGCUUCUCCUCCUUCCAUUCCCGCUCGCCGCAUAUCAGAAAGAUCGCUUCGCUUCGCCCAUGGUCAUCUGCAUGAUUGUCUUCGGAACUCUUCUCAUUGCUCUCUUCGUAGUAUGGGAGCGUUUUUACGCUACCAAGUCGUUCUUCCCGUUCUACCUUAUGAAGAAUCGUUCCGUUAUCGCGGCCUGCCUGUUGGGUGGAAACUCAUGGAUUGCCUUCUACUCCUACCGGAUGAUGUACUCGUCUUACCUUCAAGUCGUCUUUCAGCUUUCGGUCGCAAAGGCAGGCUAUAUCACCAACAUCUUCAACAUUGUCUCCUGUACCUGGGCCAUCGUCGUCAGCUUUGCAAUGAAGUACACCGAUACAUACAAGUGGGGAGCUGUCGUCGCGAUUCCUAUCCAGAUCCUCAUGACCGGCCUGUUGAUCUAUCUCCGUACACCAGGCAGCAACAUUGCAGUCCUCAUUGUAGUCGAGGUCUUUGGAGCCAUGGCAAGCGCAAUGCUUUACAAUGUUGAGCAAGUCGCCAUCAUGAUUGCUGUACCGCAUGAGCAAGUAGCCGUCAGCAUUGCGCUCCUCAACGUUAUCACUGCAGUCGGCGGUGCCAUCGGCCAGUCUAUUAGCGCCACGAUUUGGGCCCAGAUGGUACCUCAGAAGAUUGCCGAGUAUCUUCCUCACGCUCCUCCCACCGAGAUUGCUCGACUCUACGGUGACCUUAACGCUCAGUUGGCAUCACCAUGGGAUAGUCCAGAGCGUCAGGCUGUGGUUCGUGCCUUUGCCGACACCCAGAAGACUAUGGUCAUCUUCGGAACUUGUGCGCUUGUUCCAUGCUUGGUGUGGGUAGCUAUGUUGAAGAACUCGCGCAUGAGCGAGCACAAGGCUAGGAAGGGUCUCCAGGCUUAA